AUGACUCCAACUCUUCUGGUCCUCUCGCUGCUCUUCUCACCGGGUUUGUGCGUGACGCUGCGCAGAGCUGGUGAGGGCGCGGAGCAGGGUUCGUGCGUCUCGGGUCAGGGCUGUUCUCUGCACUGCACGGCCGAACACAAGCCCGGGGUCCAGUACAUGUCAGUGAGGUGGUACAAGCUCGGUACAUUCCCAGUACCUCAUCAGAAAGGCCUGGUCACCAGAAACCUCCCCAACGGCACAACGACGUGGUACACCGACGUGGACAAGAAGGUGGACUUUCAGGGUGAAUCCCUUGACCUCUUCCUGCCCAACGUGACCUGCAGAGACAGCGGCGUGUACAAGUGUCACCUGGCUGCACCUGUGGGGGAGCAGAACCGGGAGGGGAACGUUGUCCUCACUCUGCCAGAUUGUCCUGUUGAACCCGAAGACGUUCCUGCUGAUUCCACAGAACCUCUUCUGCGCCCUGCACAGAACCUGCUGACAGAUGCCAAGCUGGUUUUCGUGCUGAUGGUGGCACUGCUCAUAUUCCUAAUAAGCUACAGCUGCUCGAAGAAUACUUUCAGAGAAAAAGCGAAGACGACAAAAAAAGAAAUCCUUUUGAACGCUCCGCUCAAACCGCUUGACAAGAAGGACUUGAUGUUAAUUUAUACCUUGGGUCCCAAAACAUCAACUAUGAAGCACGUUUGUGUUUGAAGAUUAUCUCGGGAGUGACGCAUAGCAGUCCAUCCCUUGCAAGGAGUCGCGCUACCGCGCUGAAACCAAAGCAGAAUGUUCUCCAUGGAUCAGAAGGUCAACUGGGUCCAGCAUGGCUGAACUUUGGUUCCUCCUGGCCGCAUGCUGAGGUGAUUCUGCACAAAACAACAAGCCCAUUAGCAUGAAGGUUGCU